AUGCCUCUUGAAACGGGUCUCCAAGGCGCACAUGUUCUUAUAACGGGCGGCACCCGUGGCAUGGGCCAGGCCAUGGUGCGUCAAUUCCUCCAAGAAGGCGCCAACGUUUCGUAUUGCGCCCGCACCGUCACCAACACUGAGUUUGACGACGUCCAUGAAUCUCUUCCCAAAAACAAUCCUGCUCGCGCAUUUGGAACUGCGUUUGACGUUUCUUCCAAAGAAGAGAUCGUCAAUUGGGUCAACAGCUCCGCGGAGCGUAUUGGACGCAUCGAUGUUAUCAUCGCAAAUGCGUCCCCAAUGCAUAUGAAAGGUGAAACAGAGCACUGGCAAAGCAGCUUUGCGAUUGAUGUCAUGGGCUUCGUGGAGUUGGUGAAGGCUGCAGAGCCUUAUCUAGAGAAGUCACCUCAGGCUUCCAUCAUCGUGCAGAGCUCCUUCAUGGGCCGUGAGUUUUACCGAAGCCCACCAGCGGCAUACGGACCCUGCAAAGCUGCGCAGCUGCAGCAUGUGCAAGAGCUGUCGCACUAUUUAGGCCCCAAGGGUAUUAGGGUUAAUGCCAUCUCGCCGGGUCCCGUUCUCUGCGAGGGCGGUCCAUGGGAAAAUUAUUCAGAACUCAUGCCAGAGUGGGUUGAGGAGCAGCGGUUAAAGAUUCCAUUGAAGCGAUUGGGUGGACCGCAGGAAAUUUCAAAUGUUGCGGUCUUUUUGGCGAGUCCGUUAGCCAGUUUUGUCACUGGGACAAAUAUAUUGGUGGAUGGAGGUAUCCACGUUGGCACGCAAUUUUAG